CCACGGUUCACGGCAGGCACGCUCAGGCUUUAUGCUGCUCGGCUCGCCUUCAAAGCGGCGCAUAGGCGAAGCACCAUCACUAGCAGAAGCAGCUGCGGCAUCACUCUUCUCAGAGAAGAAGUGGAUAUGGCUGUCAGAUGCGACGCACGGAUACGUUCGCGGAUGGGUCUCUCGCGAGUGGACAGAGACGGAAGCUGUUGCUCUCGUUCCAGGCGGGCGCAAGGAGACGGACUGGACCGAGGCCGUCAUCGAAUCAUCUAGAGAGACCUUGCUGAUACCGACAAACGAUGUGUCACGCAUGAACCCGCCCAAAUUUGAUAGAGUGGACGACAUUGCUGAUCUCACAUUCCUCAACGAAGCAAGUGUAGUCAACAACUUGCGGCUUCGCUAUCUCGAGCAAGCUAUAUAUACUUAUUCUGGCCUCUUCCUGGUCGCCAUCAAUCCUUAUCGAGAUCUACCACUCUAUUCGCAAGAACUAGUCCAGCAUUAUAAACGUCGCCGGAGAGAAGAUGCGCCGCCGCAUGUCUAUGCAGUCGCACAGAAAGCAUGGCAGAAGAUGCUCUCCGAACGGGAGUGUCAAUCCAUCCUGAUCACUGGCGAGUCGGGAGCGGGCAAGACAGAGAAUACCAAGCGUGUCAUACAAUACCUCACUGCAGUCGCGAGCGAGGCUGUAGCGGAUCGGGCUUACUCCUCCUCUACUUCCCUCACGCCUGCACGUACCGAGGAUAACCGACUCGAGCAACAGAUCCUAGAAGCCAAUCCUAUCCUCGAAGCAUUCGGGAAUGCACAAACAGUUCGGAAUAACAACUCCUCUCGCUUUGGCAAGUUUGUUCGGAUAGAAUUCGACUCAGCUGGCGCCAUUGCGGGCGCCAACAUUGAAUGGUACUUGCUCGAGAAGAGUAGAGUGACGGGUCGAAGCCGCCACGAACGAAGCUUUCAUAUAUUCUAUAUGCUGCUCAAAGGCGCAUCUGCCGAUCUGCGAUCUCAGCUUUUGCUAGACGGCGGCGCAGAAAAGCAAGAAUAUCUGUCAAAGUCGCAAAUGACGGUCGAUGGCAUCAAUGACGCCGAGGCGUGGAAGGCAUUGCUCGUUGCUUUGCACACCGUCGGCUUCAGCAGGGAGGAGCAGCUACAGCUCUUCAAGGUCGUUGCUGCCAUUUUGCACAUCGGCAAUAUACAGGUCUCCACCGAUCGAUCGGACCAAGCUCUUGUCCGAGAUAACACUUCACUCGAGAAGGCGUGUCAUCUUCUGGGACUGCCAGUCGAGGACUUCAGACGUGCAGUACUGACGCCAAAAGUGCGCGCUGGUCGCGACCUCGUGACGCAAUCUCGGACGAAGCAACAAGUGACCGACGAGCUAGCAGCGCUAUGCAAGACCAUAUACGAGAAGGCUUUCGGCAAGAUGGUCGAUCGCAUCAACCUUGCGCUCGAUCGCGACGUACCCAAGUCUGCUUUCAUCGGCGUGCUCGAUAUUGCAGGCUUUGAGAUCUUCGAAGAGAAUGGCUUCGAGCAGCUCUGCAUCAAUUAUACCAACGAGAAGCUGCAGCAGUACUUCAAUCACCACAUGUUUGUACUUGAACAGGAGGAAUAUGCAAGAGAAGACAUCGAAUGGGACUUCAUCAACUUUGGUCUAGAUUUGCAGCCGACAAUAGAUCUGAUCGAAUCCAGUCAGCCUAUCGGCGUCCUCAGCUGUCUGGACGAAGAAGCGAUCAUGCCAGGGGGUAGCGAUAAGACCUUUACCGAGAAGCUCGGCGUCGCAGCCCGGGCCUCGUCAAAGUUCAGCGGGAGUCGCUUUGCAGACAAGUUCUCUGUGCAACACUAUGCAGGCAAAGUCGAAUACACCACUUCCGGCUGGCUCGAGAAGAACAAAGAUCCCAUCAACGACAACGUCACCGCAUUGCUAUCUCAAGCGGCUGACGUGUUCGUGCGCUCGCUAUUUGCCGAGUUUGCCGAGCAGACAGUUGCUGCGCCUCUAGUCGAGGGCAGAGACGGCCCUCGGCGUCGGGUUCGCCGGGGCGCUUUCCGCACUGUGGCGCAACGACAUAAGGAGCAGCUCAAUGUUCUUAUGGCUCAGCUGCGAUCCACUCAACCUCACUUCAUCCGGUGUAUCGUCCCCAACACAGUGAAGCGCUCAGGCCAGUUCGAGGUCCCUCUCGUACUUGAUCAGCUUCGCUGCAAUGGCGUGCUCGAAGGCAUUCGCAUCGCCCGACUUGGCUACCCUAAUCGCUUGCCAUUCAUCGAGUUCAGGCAACGCUAUGAGAUUUUGACGCGCGGCGUAUCGUCAGAUGGCUUCGUCAACGGCAGGCUGGCAUCGCAACGAAUGGUCGAAUCGCUCGAGCUGGAUCCCACUACAUUUCGUAUCGGUCUGACAAAGGUGUUCUUCCGGGCCGGCGUCCUCGCUAGUCUCGAAGAACGUCGCGACACUCUCCUAGCAGACACAUUCUCUCGGCUGCAAGCGACUUGCCGAGGAAUCAUCACUCGUCACGCGACUCGCAAAAUACUACAUCGAGCGAACGCAGUGCGUGUCAUACAGCGUAAUGCUCGCGUCUAUCUCGAGCUACAAGAUUGGCCUUGGUGGGAUCUCUAUACCCGCGUACGACCAUUGCUGGCUGCCUCGAGGGUGGAUGACAAUCUUCGCAAGCGCGAACAAGAGCUCGUCCGCGCCAAAAAUGAAGCUGUGCGUGAGAAGCAAGAGCGAGACAAACUUGAAGCGGUACAGGCAACACUCCGCGCAGAGCGGAGGCAGAUCGAGGACGCGCUCCAGGCAGAACGUGCCUUGACGCUGGAAAAGGACACUCAUUUGCUACGCUCGAAAGAGAAGGAAGCUGCGUUAUACCAAUCGGUCACAGAAAUGCAAAAGGAUAUUGAUUAUCUCGAAAGCCAGCUGACCGUCACGCUAGAGUCUCUCAAAACAGCCGAGAUCAAGUCUGACGAGCUCGAGAGCUUACAUAAUUCUACACAAGCUCGUAUGGCUCAGCUUGAGCAAGAGCAAGUCAAAUGGCAACAGCAAGCAGACGCGAUGAGCAACCGGGCCGAAAACACGACGGAGCAGUGGAAGGCUCUGAACGUCGAGAAGGCGGCCUUGACAGCGCAGCUCGCUCAACUCGAGCAACAAGGGCGGGAAGGUGCACAAGACGUUGUUCGCGCUCGACAGCGCAUCAAGGUCCUCGAAGCCGAAGCUGUUGCUCAACAGACUGAUCUCGCCCUCGAGCGCGAAAGCAUGAAAAGACGCGCGGACAUGCUCAUCAAAGAAGCACGAUACGCGAAGGAGCAGUACACCAACGCAACGCGCAAGGCGACGGGAUACGAAGCGCAGCUACAGCGUAAAGAGCAAGACUUGCAGGCCUUAUCAGCUCAGCUGCAGCAACAGCAGAAAGACCGCGAUAGCUUGCUAUCUGGUCGUGCACGCUUACAAGCUCAGUUUGACGCGAUUGCGCGAGAGCGACAGCAGCAGAUUGACGACUACGAGAAUUUGCUGGUCGAGAAGGAGAAGAUCGAGGGCGAUCUGGAAGCUCUGCGCGCUUCCAUACAGACACAUACAUCGGAGACUGCUCGACUCGAUGUUGCUGCAAAGGCCAAAGAGGCCGAACUUGCCAGUCUUCGAGCUGACAUCGCAAAGCUAAGCGGAACGCUGGCCCAAUCGCGUCAAGAAACGACCGAACAGAGCGCCAAAUUGCUGGCUGAGGUCGCAACGGCUAAAGCAGAGGCAAGCGCCCGUUUGCAGGCACAUGAGCAGGUCACAAGGCAAGUCAAUGGCGCAACAAGCAAGCUGCAAGACGCCGAGGCUGCAUUGUCUGCCGCAAAAGCCGCGCAAAUUGCUGCCGAGAAUGAGCUGGCUUCACUUCGUGCUAUCCAACAGGAUGCUGGACGGGACCUGCAGGCACUGCAAAAAGACCACGUCUCAACCAAGCAACAGCUCUCUGCGACGCUUGCACAGCUACGACAAACGGAAGAAGCCAGCAUCGGCCUUGAGCGCGAGAAGACAACUUUACUUCGAGAGCUCAAAGCGUUCGAGACGAGAGUUGCGCAGAACAACGAAGAGAAUGUCGCUUUGCGCGAGCUUUGCAAACGAGCAGAGACGGACGCAGCUGCAUUGCGCCAACAAGUCAUGGCGCAGACGCGCCAGAACUCGGAGCUACAGGCGCAAUUAGCAACCUUAUCGAUCGAAGUGAAGAAGGCGCAGUCAGCUCAGGAUAAGACGGUCGUCGAACACGUGCAUGUGCUUGAAGAAGCCAAGCGCUUUACGGAUAGGCAGCUUGCCGAGACACAAGCUCGACUCGAAGAAGCCUCUCAGCAUAUUCGCAGUCUGGAAAAGACCAAGCAGCGACUCGCAGGCGAAGUGGAAGACCUCAGUCGGGCUUUCGAGCGAGGGCAGCCACGUCGAAGUGAUGCUGGUCAACCAAACCCCUCCUCGCGUCAUUCGCUCUUGCAGAAGCUGCAAAGCAACAAUGCUGAGAUUGCGAAGGAAAUGGCUUCAAAGCUAGACAGAUUUGACAAACCCAGCAGUAGUGCCAGCUCGGCAGCAUUGGCGCUUCACAAAGACGUUGUUGAUCUCAAGAAGCAGCUCGAGGCGCGAGAGAAGGAGCUGGCCUUGCACAGAUCAAGUCAAGGCGGCAUGAUACGCGACGAAUCGCAAGCAAUGGCAAAAUUGGACCAGCAGCGCAGACGGCUUGAGGAAGACUUGCUUGCCGAACGCGAAAGGGCACAGCAAGAGCUCGAGGAGCGUGAUUUUGCCAUGUCGGCCAUGCGGAGGAAGUACCAAUCAGAAUUCGACCAGCUCACCGAAGAGCUGCAAGCACAGCGGGAGCACGUCGAGAAAGAACGUCAGGAGAACGCCGAGCUGAGUCGACUCAAUGCUUCGCUCGACGCUCAGACAAAGACGAUGAAGAAACGCGUCCUCGAUAUGGAGACACGAAUGAUGUCGGCUUCGCCUCGCAAUGGGUCCAGCCUGUCUGGCGAUGCGGAGACGCGCAUCCGCGAGCUUUCAACGCUCUUAGAGAACGAGCGUCGCGCCCAUUCAAGCGGCUAUGGUAUGAACGGUGCAGACAUAGAGCGCUACAAGCAAAGAGCGGAAGAGAAAGCCGCUGAGAAGGAUCGUCGAAUUGGCGAACUGCGCAAAGCGGUCGAAGAGCUCCAACAAGUCGAGGCAGACUUGCAGCUGAACGCCCGCAGGACGGAGCGAAAGUUGCAAGCCGAGAGAGAGUCGUCAGCGCGUCUCAGGGCCGAGAUGGACAAGAUGCGCUCUCGAUCAGAGUUCAGCGGUUCCAAUGUUGUCAAUCAGCUGUAGUGUAUGUGUGUGUGUGUUGUACACGUGAGUGCAAGUUCGGGACACAACAAGACAAU